UCCUGCCCUGAUCUCUUCUAGAAGGAGGAGGAGUCGGUCAGGGAUGGGGUUGUGUCUGCCGUGUCUGGGGGGAGCUGCCGAGGAUGUGGUGGAAACACCGGACCCGGACCUGAAGAGGAGGCAGCUGGCGGAGGCCGCGGAGAAGAGGCAGAUGGAGACUGUCAAUCGCGGCAUCAAGAACCCGACUUCAGUGGAACAGAUGAAGAAGAAAAAGGAGGAAGUGGAGAAGAUGACGACCACCGCGGCGCCCUCCGGUGGUGGAGGAGGAGGAUUACGGUGGCAGGUUGGGUAGCGAUUGGCGGAUCCGGGAGACGAUGUUUCGGUUGCAGAAUUCCAUUCUUGGAACAAUUGUCUGGCUUUUGCUGUUUGCAU